CUUCAAUUAUUAUGUGAGAUAGUUUAUAAAAAUUCAAUCACUUCAUAUAGAGUAACAUAAACUAUAAUAACAACAUGAUAAUAAACAAGUUACAAGUUAAAUCAUCUAUCUUCAUAUGGCAGUCAAUAUUCCUUUCGUACAGCCAUACGUAUUGUCUUUUACACUUCUUGUUUAUGCGUCUUUACGUAAAUGAUGUCAUUCAUGCAUCAAGUAGAUAUCAAUUAUCAAAUUAAUACAAUAUCAGCUCAUUGUUAUGUGUGUAUCAGAAGUACAAUAAUUUCAAAAACUAAUCUACCAAAAACACUUUCGGAAUAGUAUUAGUGAUGAAUAUUAACUUCGUCAAUGUAGUUACUUAUACAAACUGUCUUUUAUAUUUGUUUAUCAAUCGCUCUUUAAUUAAUUUUUUUUUUGUCAUUAACAUAAACAGACUCAUAUAAAUUCUGGAAACUAAACUGGUAACUCUCCAUCAAUAUAAAAGACGAAAAACGAUUGCGUCUUUGCAUUUCAUACGAGACUGUCCGCCCUUAAAUUCUAUAUUCGUGGUAUAUGAAUGAUCUCUGAGUUGUUGAAAACUUAUCCUUAAAAAUUUUAUGUCUUCCAAAUAACUUGUAAAAACUGGCCAUAAAUUACUUAAUGAAACAUUGUUUGCUACACUUUCUUUAUGUAUGAAAAAGCAAUAGAUGUUCUUGUUUAUUUCUUGUAACUUAGAUAUUCUUGUUUAUUUUCCAAGAGAUAUAUGCAUAAUUAUUUACACUGAAAAAAUACAUGUCUUUUAUAAAAUCAUGGUACUAUUUUUGGGGUUAUUUGGUAACACAUAUAAUGGGUCAAAAAAAAAUCUCAAAUAAUAAAAACUUUAACAAAAAAGUCAUAUAUUUUAGUCAAAACUGCAUCUUAAAAAUAUUAUUCAAAUGGUAAGUCUAAGAUAAUUUCUUAGUCAAAUGAUUCAAAUCCCAUUCCUAAUUAAUCUAUUCCAGCCUAUCAUUUCAACCCAAUUUAUGUAUUUAAUCUCCCAAUUAUUUAUAUUCAUAUUUCACAUUUACAAAACAAACAAUAAUCAAUACCAAAUCCCUUAGAUAAAAACUAGAUCUCACUUUAUUGGAUUCAAUUUCUAGGGAUCUGCUUAACCUGUUAGCUCUGUGUUGUGGAAGAUGGAUCCUAACCAUCCUACAAACACCUCCUUUGUUCCCGGUCAUGUCACUCCUCCCAACCAACCUGUUCUCCAUGUACGACCUAUUAUAGGGUCUAACAACGUCUAUUCCCAUCCCGAUUUCCAGCCCCAGCCUCAUUUCCAGGCCCGUCCCCAGUUCCAGCCCAUGCCCCAGUUCCAGUCCCGCCCCCAGUUCAUGUUCCGUCCCCAGUUCAUGCCCCAGCCCCAGCCCCCACUGCAGCAAGCGCCUCCUUCUCGGUUAGCUCAUGUUCCGACACAGGCGCAGCCUUCCAUAAACUAUCCUCCUUACGACGACAUGAUUUGUAACAUAAUUAGGGAGUUGAACGAACCGGAUGGUUCAAGCAAGUCGAGGAUCUCGAGGCGUAUCAAGAGAUCGAGCGUCGUUUUGCCUCCUAGUCACUCGGUUUUGAUGACUUUCCAUCUCAAGAGGUUGAGGAAGAAUGGCGUUCUCACCAUGGUUAACAACUUAUACAAGAUCGCUGCUGCUGCUCCCCCUCCUCCACCUCCCCCUCCUCCUCCUCCUCCUCCUCCUCCAACUCCUCCUCCUCCACCUCCCCCGCAAAGCGUUGCUGUUGCGGCAGAUCUGGUGGCUCCCAGAUCUGAGGUUCCUCCGAUGAACACCUCUCCGCUUGAUAUGCUUGCUGCCUCUGCUUCUGGCUUGGCUUUGGGCUCUCAGCCUCAGAAGCGAGGCCGUGGACGCCCUCCAAAGGCUAAUCCCGAAGCUCCACAAGAGCAAGAACCCAUCGAUGCUCAACCCGUCGCUGUCAUGACUCCCGGACAGUCAAGCCGUGAGCAACCCGAGUUGCAUGUAACAGAUCCAAACCAAGUGGUUACUGAGUCGGCAAACAGACGACCUGAUCGUCCAAGGAGGGGCAGAUCUGUUCCGUUCUCUCCAACUGCGGGUGCAGUUCUAGCUCUUCCAGCUCCGAGUACGUAUGCAAGAUGGAGGUCACCGAGUCGUAGUGACGCUGGGAGAGAGAGGAAGAGGCCAUGCAUAGGUGAAUCUAGCGGUGGAAUCGUCAUCGCUGCUCCAGCUGGUGGAGAAACUGUGGCGGUUGCGUCAGGGAUGAGGCGUGGACCUGGACGUCCACGUAAGGUGGUUAGCGGUAGACCCAAAAUGAGUACCACACCAAUCUCCACCAGGGAAGCUACUGGGACAUUGGAAUCUUCCCAUGGAGAACUCAAGAAAAAGCUUGACUUUGCUUGCGAGAAAGCAAAAGAAAUCUUGGAUGUGUUGAAAGCUGGUAUCGAGAGCAACGACUUCAUAGCAAUAUCGUCGCAAGCUAAACAGGAGCUGAAAGGACUAAUACCAAUUUUGACUGUGGAGACGCAUGGCGUGGGACAAGUGCAGCCAGACGCCGUAGAAGCAGGAGCCGUUGAAGAAGUGCAGUCAGAGGAGGCAGCAGCACAUACUGAAGCUGAAACCCAAGGAGAGGAACAUGGACAAGAAGCUGUGGAAGGAGAACAAGCACAGCCCCAUCCUUAGCCUUAGCCUCAGACCGAAGCUGAGGCAAUGCAAGGAACCCUGAUCUGAGAAAGAUAGCCUAGACAUUGCCUUGGUGUUUAUAGUUAGGAGUGUUCUUUUUUAAUAGUUGUUGCAUCUAUCUUUAUUUAAAACUCAUUUGCAUUUUCAUUUUAAUAGUUUGGUAUAGAAGAAACAAAAAGGCAUUGUGUUGUCUUUGUUUGUCUAACUAACCAAACAGUAAGAGGUUGUUGUAAUUUAGAGGGAUAUUUUCAGUACUGUUGGAUGAUCUUCUCUUUUAUAUCAAUCUAUCUAAGUUUCUUU